GGCGGUGAGGAUCAUCGUCCGUUUGCGCAGCUUUGCUAGGCAAGGACGCGUUUUUCUUCCGUUGUACAGGUGUAAGACGAGGAUCAUCGAACAAAGGAAGUUACAGUGAAUAUUAAGUUGAUCAAGAUGCAGGGCACCAUCAUCGAAAAUCUUAGCAGUAAAAAACUGUCUAUGUUAGUAGCUCUCCUGUUGAUUGGUCAGUUAGUAUCCUUUCUCAUCGGUGGUCUUGUGGCCCCGCCACCAUCAAAUAGCCAGAAUAUUCUAGGAAUAGCUUGUGUUGAUGUACCUACAGUUAAUGGCACUCCACCAGGCCUCGAUACUUGGAUAUACUUCAGACCUCCUGGAAAAUGUCAAAUAUUCGAGACUCAUCACAUGACUGAAAAAAUUGUUCCCAUUGUUUAUACAUUUCAGAUGCCAAGACCAUAUGACAAUAAAAUACUAGAUUAUUCUCGAUGGCAACAUAGUUUGAUCGGUGUUUUACAAGUGGAUAUCAUGUAUCAUAAUCAUAUUGCAGUCUCUCCCACAACAAAGUUAACUCUAGAUGCAAGAUUAGCAUAUAGGAACAAAAAUGAUCAAGAAGAUCAAUGGAAGCAUUAUGCUUCUUCUGUAGUUGAAAGGAAUUUGGACUGUACCAUUGAUAAGCGUCAUGAAGAGUACAAUUACAACUGCAGUACUUUGUCACUUUUUGAAUUGGGAUCGUUACAUCACGAUUACUAUUUGCUUAAUAUACGUUUACCCAAUGAUCCUAGAAAACAGGUGAAUCAAGAUUUAGGACAUGUAACAGAUCUGUGGUUGACAGUUAUUAAUCAGAAUGGAGGAUUUACAAAAGUUUGGGUCAGCUUGAAAACUGUUUUCUUUCCAAUCACUCUUUUAAUUCUUUGCUGGUAUUGGCGAAGGAUCCACAUGCUAUCAAGAUCUCCAGCAUUGCUGGAAUACGUAUUACUUGGUUUAGGCUGUGCUCUAAGUUUUCUAAACAUGCCUUUGGAAUAUUUGACAUUGGCUUUUGAUAUGCCAUUUAUGCUUCUGUUAGAAGAUAUUAGACAAGGAGUAUUUUACGCAUCACUAUUGUCUUUCUGGUUUAUCUUUGCUGGAGAACAUUUGAUGGUUCAGGAUGGUGACCAAAUAAGUUCUCUGAAAUGUUAUUGGAGGCAUUUGUCUGCAGUUGGAAUUGGUUGCUUGUCAUUAUUAUUCUUCGACAUGUGCGAGCGCGGCGUACAGCUCCGAAAUCCAUUUUAUUCAAUUUGGGUGACAAGUGCUGGAGCUAAAACGGCUUUAGCAUUUAUAAUUAUGGCUGGAAUAUCAGCAGGAGCCUAUCUUUUAUUUUUGACAUAUAUGAUUUAUAAGGUAUUCGUGAACAUAAGUGCAAAGAGAGCUGUACUGCCAAGUAUGAGUUCUGCUCGACGUUUACAUUAUGAAGGAGUUAUUUACCGUUUCAAGUUUUUAAUGGUGGCAACUCUAUUGUGCGCCUCAUUAACCGUAAUUGGUUUUAUUUUAGGACAGGUUGCCGAAGGUCAAUGGAAAUGGGAUCAGGAUAUUGAGUUAGAGAUGACAUCAGCUUUCUUUACCGGAGUUUAUGGCAUGUGGAACAUUUAUACCAUUGCUUUGCUGUGUUUGUACGCGCCAUCUCAUAAGCAAUGGCCUGUUGAACCGUCAGAUUAUGGUUUUCAGCAGAUAAUAGCGUCAGCGAAGAAAUCGAGUUUUCACGAUUGCCCACCGAACCCAAUGAGAUGCUCUCUUUAACGGCAUUCACGCGGAAAACAGCGAUAGAUUAAGUUAUCAGAAUCAUUUAAUCAAAACAAACAAAGAUUUCUUCAUCGUCAAAUGUGUAGCUCUGCGGUAAAAAUCAAAUUCCCAUUUACGUGACAUAUCACCAUGGGCAUUCAAAAAAAUUUUUACCGUCAACUCGUUAAGCGCUCAUAUAUUCGUGCAUUUAAUAUUAAUAACAGCAGUAUUUGUUGUAAUAUAAAAGUAGACUGUGUUACAAAAUCAAAUAUUGAGUGAUCAUAAAGUAAUUACUAUAGUUUGAGAUUUUUAAAUUAUAAUCAAAAAUAGAUGUAAACAAUCUAUUGAAAAAAUUGUUUAUUCUACUGGGAUAAAUUUUUUCGUCAUUCAAUUAGUGGCUUUAUUAAUUAAACUAGACUUUGAAAUGUUUAUAUGUACAUUACAUAGUUAUAUUUUCAUAUAUAUUCAAAUAUUAUCGAUCUUUUCAUGAUACUUAAUUUUUAUAAAUUGGUGUACAAAUUCUUCUUCAUUGAAAAAUUUUAAUCAAGAUAUUAAUUUAAUUGUUUGCGCAAUUUUUAGAAAACUCUUGUAUCUCAAAUUAAAGAAGUAACUUUAUCAGUACUUUUAGAUAUGUAUUAAUUUGUAAUUAACGUAUUAAAUGAGCCAUUGGUUUUUUAAGGCCAAAGAACUUAUUGUUAAUUAUAAUGUCGAAUUACUUUAUGAACGCCUAUAAAAGCGAUAUGAAUAGCAAUUUUGUUACAAUAGCCAAUAAGACUAUAGAUUGUAUUGUCCGACGUCUAUAUGAUAUAUACGUAUGUGUGUGUAUGUAUGUAUGUAUGUGUGUAUGUAUAUAUAUAUAUAUAUAUAUAUAUAUACACACACACAUAAAUUUUAGCAUGUGUAUCAACGUCUAGAUGAAAAUCAAACUGUGAAUCCAAACCCUCCUUUUUCUAUCUUGUAUUCGUGAGUCUGAAAUUUGUCGUAAUAAUCGAGAGAAAAUAAUAACUGUCAAACUGAUGUGUCAUUUCGCGAAGAUAAGUUUUAUACCAUCACUUGUAGACUGUAGAACGUUUUA